AUGGCGGAGGCACCAGGACAGGAGGCCCACACAGUUCAUACGGCCGACGACGCUCCUAAUCCCGAAUUCAAUUCUCACACGCUUCCCUCAAGGACCAAACAAAACGGCGUUGCAGAUGGCAAACCGGCGACCACAGAAGGCGCCGACCAAGAGCACGAUCCAGUCCUUCCCGCAGAGACCAGAACAGGUGCCAGUCAAGAUGGAGAUGGACAUGGGGACGCAGAAGAUCACGAUUACGGCGAAGUCUCCAACCUGCCACCAAUGCAACCCAAAAAGAAGAAGAAGCGGGCGAAACGAAAGCCUCAAAGCCAACGAGGACUGGGCAAACCGACCGGGUUCGAGGACUUCUUCGCCGACACGCCCCUGACUCCCGCCCAAUAUGCAGCAGAGCAACAACUGUAUCAAGCAGACCUCCCCUUCGUCGACCGAAUCCUGACAGCAAUCGGACGUUUCGAACGCACACGCAAAAUGUCCAACGAACGCCGCGACAUGCUGUACAAAUACCUGAUCCACGGCAGCGUCGAAGUCGGACCCAACAGCUUCCAGGGCGGCCAGAACACCGAAGACAUGGACAAAACCCAAGCGGCAGCGACACUGACGCAAGCGUCUGUGUCGGACGACAAGCGCGACUUGCGCUCCGACACAAGUCUCUACGAAGUCGAUUUCCUCGUCUGCAUGAGGUCGUUUCUGAGCCGACGCGCCAAAUACCUGUACGGCUUCGAGACGCGGGACCAAGUCAGCCUGCUGACCACCACGCUCGAACGGUUCAUGGACUAUCUGCUCCAGCACGACGUGUGUCCGGAAUACCGCGACGACGUGCUCGCGGCGCGUAACCUGUGUCGCCAGGCGCCCGCGGAGCUGUGGGACGUGGCGGAAUCCACGCGCCGGCUGCCAGGGGAUUUCAACAUCGCAUGCUCGACCUUGUUCGGCGGCAGCUAUUCGCAAAACUACGACGGCGAGACGUGGUGGGGUCCUGACACCACAGAAGACAAGGUAUUUGUCGGCAUGAAACCCGACGAGGCGUCUCAAGUCAUCCACUUUGGCGUCGCAGGGGCCGCCACCGAGGAUGUUUUCGCUGCGUAUCUCGCCGGUCUGAAUGACGGGACUUCGGAGCUCGAAACCGAAUGGGUGCGAGAGCGCGUGGGCUUCGAGAUCACAGAAAUCGUCCCUCCCACGCCCGAGUGCAAGGAGAUCUAUCUCCAGAGUUCAGAGCAUUUCCGGCCUGUGGGACGCGUCUAUGCCAAACCGUGGAAGAAUCCGGAUUCGUUGCCGGAAGACUUGACCCCUGCGGAACGAGCAGCCUUGAGCGACGAACGGACAGACAAUGAUUUGGAUGAGGAUGGGCAUGACACAGAGUAUGUCUUCUUCCUGGAGUCGAUUCUGCAAUCAUACCUCCGCGUCGGCACGCGCGUGGAAGCCACGGUCCGCAAAGUCAACUGCGGCAUCAUGUUCUUUGACGACGUGCUCGAUGUGUAUCCCACGUUCGACGAGUUCUUGCCCAACGAAAUGAUGGUGGGCUGGGAGAAUCCGAGGCCUGUCAAGGGCGCAUUUGACUACGUUGAGGGAGGGGAUUACGAGGAUGCCUUUGACGGCGAGGACAAAAGCGAUGAUGGUGGAGAAAGUGAACAGCGCACCCAAGAGGAUGAACAGCGCCAUGGCGAAGCCGCUACUGAAGAAGCCUGA